AUGACUCACGAAGGCAACGGUAGUGCUGAGGCGGCUACAACACUUGUCGAAAGAUCUGGAAAGGUCACUCCAAAGUUUGGGGAUGGCAUGACCAGCAGGAUCCUCUUUUACGCUGGUGACUGGAUCUGCAAUGAGGACAUAUACGGCUUUCAUGACUUCGCCGCAAAUGUCACAUGUCUGUGCUGCAAUUUGAGCCGCAAGGAAGCAGGAUCUGUUUCAUCUGGCAUAACUUUAAGCUUCAUUAUGGCGCACUCACAGCCUCGUCAGGAAGACAGCAAACGCACAGCCGCCACGCAGCAGCCUGGUCUAUCAAAGGAACUGCGGCCGGAGUUCGCGUCGGACGUGUUCAGUCAGAACGCUAGGACGUCAGUGCAGAAUGGGCACAUAGAUUCCAUGACGGAACUUCGGUCGCCGCAUGAAAGGGAAUGUCCACAUGCGGGCUCACUGCACACACUGUCAUAUCCUAUGCAGUUGCAAACAGGCCAAGUGGCAUAUGGAGGCCCUCGAAAUGGUAUAGCAAAAGCCCAAUCAGAAGAAUCAAGGAGUUAA